CCUAUUAUUUCAAACAACCAAAUGUAAUAAUGGUAUCGUGACAGUAUUUAAAUUCAUACAAUUGUAUUUGAAAAAAAAUUUAACAUGAAUUCUCAACAAAUAAUUCAACUUCCUUAUCGACUCAAAGCAGUUUUUAAAUUGUUUACGUCGAGAUUUAAUGAAAUUGGGAAUAAAAUCAAUAACUAUGAAAUGCCCGAAAAAAUUAAAGGCACUUUUCUCGAACGUUGGGCAAAUUAUUGGCAUACUCUGUAUAAAGAUUAUAAAGGUGUUGCGAUUGACGCAGUCAUAGAUUGCAAAAAACGUCCUGUACGUGCUGCAAUAUACACUACAUUUUUAGGAGGCUGUUUUUAUAGUAGUCGAUGCAAUCCAGAUGAAACUACGUUUAGGGAGCAAUUGAUACAAAGUAGUAUAAAAUUAAUACAAGUGGGAGAACCUAUACGCAAUCCUGUUUCUGUACAGCAUAUACAAUGGUUGGAACAAUGUUACAAUGAAGGACUUGUGAGGACAUUAAACUUGGGUAUUUUGUCUCUGAUCUGGUUAGAUAAUUAUGAUAAAGAUUGUUCAUUGUACAAGGCUGUCUGCCCUUACCUAAAACCACGAUUUGUAACCUUUCAUGAAAGAGUAGUGGAUAUAGGCUUUCUAAACAAAUGGUGGUUAUUAGAAAGAAAAAUGAAAGAUUAUGAUAUAAAUGAGGCUGAAUUUAGUGUGACACAAAUUACAAAUAAUGUAAAUACUACUUCAGCAACGUAAUAAAUAAGGGUUUAUAACAUAUCUUUAUAUGCAAGUUCCAAUUUAAUUGUGUAAAUAAGUUUCAUAUAAUUUU